AUGGCUAUCCGGGAGGAGCUUGUUGCCUCGGCGGUCAACUUCCUUCAAGAUCCGAAUGUCGCAUCAUCGCCAGUCGAGAACAGAGUCUCAUUUCUACAAUCCAAGAACUUGACACAAGAGGAGAUCGAUGUGGCUCUUGCUCGCGCGGGAACCCCUUCGCCCGUAGGCCCACCGCCCCUGUCGCAAGCCGUGGUACCGGCAGCUCAGCAGCAGCAGCAAUACUAUGGCCGGUAUCAGACACAGCCUUAUGGAUGGCAGCCUCCUCCACCUGUGGCGCCUAAGCGGGACUGGCGGGAUUGGUUCAUUAUGGCUACGGUGAUGGCGGGCGUUGGGUCUGGAUUGUAUGUGAUCACAAAGCGAUACAUCAAGCCCCUAGUGGCGCCGCCGACACCAGAAAAGCUGGAGCAAGAUAAAACCGCAGUAGAUGAGCAAUUCGAGAAGGCCUUUAUGACCCUCGAGCAGCUAUCAAAGGAUACCGAGGCUCUCAAGGCUUCUGAACAGGAGCGGACGGAGAAACUGGAUAAGAUCCUGACCGACUUGGAGUCUUUCAUGCGUGAUACCAAGUCGGCGAGCCGAAGACAGGAGGACGAAACAGACCGGUUACGUGACGAAAUGAAGUCUCUCAAGGACGUCAUACCCAAAUCCAUGACCUCUCACAAGGAGUUCACCGAUAGUCGGUUACGAGAGAUCAGCAACGAAGUGAAGAGCUUGAAAUCCUUGAUCGGCCAGCGCAUGAGCUCUGCCCAGGCGGCGGCGCCCCCGUCAAGUGCAGCGGGUUAUCUCCGGCCCAGUAGUGGCAAUGCCGGGCCUGCCAGUCCUGCUGUCACACCUAACACACCGGCACAGGAUACAUCCGUGAAGGAGAAUGUCGACGUUACGGAAGCCAAGAGUGCGGAGACACCGUCUCAGGCGAGCAGGCAGGACUACUUAUCCUCCCUCAACGGUCGGUCUAGUCCGUUCGGCAAUGGGUCGGCAGCGGGGAAGGCAUCGAUUCCGGCUUGGCAGUUGGCGGCGGCGAAUAAGGCAAACGCGGCCAGUGGAUCGCAGCAGGAUGCCGGAACCAGUUCUUAG